AUGGUAACAUACUUGAAAAAAGAGGAGCACGUCCUAGCAAAAAAAUAUGCCUUAUAGACCUAUACUUGGUAGAUUUUUGCAGAAGCCAGAAGAUGCCGGACGGGUGCGGGUAGCUGUUAGAGUCCGGCCUAGAAAUGACGAAGAUUUAUACUAUGACUCUGAAUUAAUUGAUUGCCUUGAGUUACAGCCGGAGCUGAGGAGGCUUAAGCUUAGAAAGAACAAUUGGAGUUCAGAAUCCUAUAUAUUUGACGAUGUUUUCACAGAGAGCGCUUCUCAAAAACGAGUUUAUGAAGCAGUUGCAAAGCCUGUUGUUGAGACUGUAUUGAGUGGUUACAACGGGACUGUGAUGGCUUAUGGUCAGACUGGUACUGGUAAAACAUAUACAAUUGGCAGCCUUGGAAAUGACAAUUCCUCUGAACGUGGAAUAAUGGUUAGAGCCUUAGAGGAUGUUCUUGCUGAAAUAUCUCCUGGGCUUGACAAUCUCUCAAUUUCUUACUUACAAUUGUAUCUAGAAGCAAUACACGACCUACUAGCUCCUGACAAAAAUAACAUUGCCCUUACCAAAGACUCCAAAUCUGGAGAAGUUUGCUUGCCUGGUGCUACUGUUGUUGAAAUCAGUGACAUUGACCAAUUUCUUCAAGUGUUGCAAACUGGUGAAAAGAAUCGUCAUGCUUCCAAUACAAAAAUGAACGCGAGAUCUUCAAGAAGUCAUGCAAUUCUUGUGGUUCAUAUACAGAGAUCUUCCAAGGGAAAAGAUGAAAAUGAAUUCCUAUCAGUGAACAUAAAUAAUAGUGAAGAAUUUCCACACUUGUCUGCUUUUUUCAAAAGCAAGCUACUAAUCAUUGACCUUGCCGGAUCAGAACGAAUAGAUGAAUCUGGUGUUGAUGGUCAGAUGCUCGAAGAGGCCAAAUUCAUAAAUCUUUCUCUAAAUUCCCUUGGUAAAUGCAUAAAUGCUUUAGCUGAAAACAGUACCCAUAUCCCAACAAGAGACUCCAAGCUCACUAGAUUGCUUUCUGAUUCAUUUGGAGGAACUGCACGGACAUCCCUUAUCAUUACAGUUAGUCCAUCAGCCCGGCACUACUCACAAACUUCAAGUACAAUUAUGUUUGGGCAGAGGGCAAUGAAGGUAGUAAACGCUGUAAAGUUAAAGGAAGACUAUGAUUCUGAGAGCAAAUACAGAAAGCUUGAGUGUCAGAUAGAUAGUCUUACAUCUGAAUUGGAAAAACAACAGAAAGAUAAAUUGCACCUGGAGAGGAGGUUAUAUGAGCGUGAGAUGACUCUAGCUGAAGCUGAAAACAAGCUUUUUGAAGCUGAAAAAAAGCUAGCUGUAGCUGAAGAGAAGCCUGCUGCAACAUCUGAGCAGGGCCAAGUUGAGGGCUCCACCUAUCAGGUAACAGUUGCAUUCAAUGAGAUGGAAGUCACCGACCUGAUGAGAAAACUUGAAGAGAAGCGUUCUCGGCAUGCCAAAAUGGAGCAACAACUGACUGAGUUUCUGCAGAAUGGUACAUGGAAAUUUGCUGAGGCAACAAGUAUGAUCAAUUUGCUGAUCAAAUUGGAAAACCAUCAGGCAGCUGCUGUUGCCAGUCCAAGAACUCAAGCCAUGGUUAUUUGGUUUGCUUUGAUUCCCAUUGCGUUGCUUUCGCUGUAUUUUCUUUGGUAACAGUCAAGUCGUACAUAAUAGUUUGUUGCAUAAAGCUUGCCUGUCACAUUCCUUCCUGACCGAAAUAUUAAUUAGGUUAAUGAUAAUAGAGAAAAUCUGGGUCAAUAUAGCUUGUUUAGAAUGAAUUUUUUUAUUUAUUGCUUUAAAAUUAGUAUAAUGUAUUAUUAAUCAAUC